AAAUAUUUUAGAUACAGAUAGAUAUUAUAUAGAUACUGUAGAUGGAUAAUAUAUGUGUCCAAAUGAACAAAGUUAAUUAAUAGUUCAAAUUUUCAUUGAUAUUUUUUAAACAUGGAAGUAACGACCUGUAUAUACACCUGAAAAUAUAUUUUGCAGUCUUUCCAGGUCACAAAUCAAGGAAAAUUCUUACAAGUAAUGAAACAUUUUGUAUGUGUUAUUAAAUUGUAUUAAUUUCUUAUGUAAUAUAUAUUAAACAUAUAAGAUAUACUGAAAAUAAGUCAAAUGCAAUUACAAAGAAAUGGCAAGUAACACUGAAUUAAAUGUGAAAUUUUGAAGUAGAAAAAAUGAAAUAGUAUUUUCUUGCAAAACAUACUCCUUUAAUCUGUUUCAUUUACAACCUCAAAAAAAUAUUUUGAGUUUUUCUAAGUGUGUGUCUAAUGAAUCCUAUGUAAAUAUAAUAUGUAACGUAUUACAAAUACCUAAUUAUGGCUCAUUGUAAACGAUUUGCCCUUACCUGACAUCUGAUAUAUAGUCUGAACGCAGUGAUCUUUAUGGCAGAUUUGCUCAGCCUGCUGUAAAUACGUCAUUUAUCACUCAGUGAUUGUACUCAUGAGAGGCAUUUGUGCACGUCACUAACUGCAGGAAUAUAAACCUGUCACUCCUGCAGCAGAAUAAUGCCAUCGAAUACAUCAAAUCAUCCUGUUAAGACAAGGGAAUGAAUAGUUCAAUUUAAAUCUAAAGGUCUUGUGAUGAUGUAAAAACUGUCCAUUCUAUGCAAUAGACUGAUUACAUUCCAUUGCAUUAUAACCCUCUGAAAAAGCACAGUAAAGCCCUGGAGACACAGCUGAUGUGACAGAACGCUUUAAGCUUUCAUGUUUUUAUCUGAUAUAGCUCUAAUGUUUCUGUUUGUUAAUUAUCCAGGUCAAAUGUACGGUUAUUUUGCUCAGUCAGACUAAACCUGGUGUCAAAAAUCCCUUGAUGAAAUACAGUACACAAUAGCAGACGUCACACUGUAAUAGUCUGUAAUGCAUGAGGGUGAUUGACAGAAAGUAAAGUCUACAGUUUCUGUUUAAUUCUGACUAAUUAUCCCUCUCAAUAAGAAGUAUAAUGUGUAUUCUUUAGCUGUAUGCUCUGGUCCAUUGCCACGUUGUCCGUUCGAUUUAUCAUUGUUGCUUUGUUUGCAGGUUCUUUAGACAUCUUGGCUCAUUCUUCUGCGGGUUAAUUCACACUGUUCUUUAAACUAAACAUACACCCUCGUGUUUACACUCUCAUGUUUGCUUCUACUAUUAACCUCUCAGGUUUUUUAUUGUUUUGUGAACAUAUUGCUCAAGUGGGGUCACAUGUCACUGCUGACAUGGGAACAUGUUCCUGAGAUCAUUAAGAUGCUGGGAAUAUAAAGGGAAUAGUGUGGGACUUGACCACAACAUCUCAGACGCCUCCAUCAUAUGGACAGAAGGACGCAAAAAUGUUUGCAGUGACAGUUUGUAUCCUGGGGUUGCUUCAUAUGAGCGCUGCCUGCAGCUUGUCAGGCAUCUGUACAGACCUGCCUUUUGUCCAGCAGGAGAUUGUGGAUGUCCACAACGCCUACCGAAGGGCUGUGAAGCCGACUGCCAGCAACAUACUCAAAAUGAGUUGGAGCGAUGCUGUGGCACAGUCAGCUCAAGGCUGGAUUGAUCAGUGUAACAUAACACAUGGACCACCAAGCAGCCGCAUGAUUGACGGAUAUGAAAUGGGUGAAAAUCUCUUCAAGACCUCUGCGGGUUAUUCAUGGACUGAUGUGAUAAAUGCCUGGCACAGCGAAGUCAACAAUUAUGAAUAUCCCACUGGAUCCACCAACGGUCACUGGAUCCAGGUGGUGUGGUACAGCUCGUAUGAGGUUGGCUGUGCAGUGGCUCAGUGUGGAACAUCCUACUUCUACGGAUGCCAUUACUACCGCGCAGGGAAUUUCAAAGGAGUCCCACCGUACUCGCUGGGUGAUCCGUGUGCCGCUUGUCCGGGCAACUGUGAAGACGGUCUGUGCACUAAUCCCUGUCCAUACAUCAACACAAUCAGCAACUGCGAUGAACUGAAAGAAAUGGUCACAUGUGACCACUCCCUCAUGAGCCAGUGGUGUCCAGCCAGUUGUAUGUGUGAAUACAAAAUCAUCCCCAUUGCGAAGAAAUGAAAUCUUAUAUGGCCAUAACACAUAAAACACGGCCUGUUUUGGAUAGUUGUAGCACAUCUUUCCUAUAAUGUGAAAUAUAUAUUCUAUCUUCUUUCUAUUUCUGUUCUUUCUAUGUGGAAUACCUCAAAUGUGAUGAUUAUUAAAAAUCAAGGGUACUGUACUUUAAUAGUAUGAUGGAAAAGGCCAGUCUGCAUUGUUUGGCAUUAUUACCUCAACAUUUUUCAGUAAAGCUUAUACAAUCACUUAUAAGUAAAGCCAUUUGUGUUUUAUAAGCCUUGUAAACCCACAUACUGAAAACAAUAGCUGAUGGAGAAA